AUCCGCCUGCAGUCCGCAGCCGGGACCCGGUAGCCUCCCGUUCUUGUGUUUUCACAGCCGUUAAUCCUUGAGCAGAAGCAAAGGGGGAACUUGUGCUGUGUUUGUCACCUGUUUUAUAUGUUCGUUCAUGUAACAAGGAGCAAAGAAAGGAAGGAUGAAACUCAAAGAGAUCAAACGCACAGCCAUUCAGAGCUGGAGUCCUGCUCAGCACCACCCCAUCUACCUGGCUACAGGAACAUCAGCCCAGCAGCUGGAUGCCUCCUUCAGCACCAGUGCCUCCUUGGAGUUUUUCGAGCUGGACUUGGCUGAGCCAUCUCUGGACAUGAAGUCAUGUGGCAGCUUCUCCUCCACUCACAGAUACCACAAACUGGUGUGGGCUCCCUACGGGAUGGAAGACCAAGGUCGCCCGUCCGGCGUCCUUAUCGCAGGAGGCGAGAACGGCAACGUCAUCCUCUACGACCCUGCGAAGAUCAUGGCUGGAGAGAGCGACGUGAUCAUCACUGAGAGCGACAGGCACACGGGCCCAGUGAGAGCUCUCGACGUCAACCCCUUCCAAACAAACCUGUUCGCGUCAGGUGGGAAUGAGUCUGAGAUCUAUAUCUGGGACAUGAAUAACUUCGGUGCUCCAAUGACACCAGGACCUAAAACUCAGCCUCUGGAGGAUAUAAGCUGUGUGUCGUGGAACAGACAGGUCCAACACAUCCUGGCCUCUGCCAGCCCGAGUGGCCGAGCCUCAGUGUGGGACCUCCGCAAGAAUGACCUCAUCAUUAAAGUCAGCGACCACAGCAACAGAAUGCAUUGCUCUGGACUGGCCUGGAACCCAGAGGUGGCCACUCAGCUGGUCUUGGCCUCGGAGGACGAUCGGAUGCCAGUCAUCCAGAUGUGGGACUUGCGUUUUGCUACCUCUCCUCUCAAGAUUUUAGAGAAUCACACACGGGGCGUCCUCUCCAUCGCCUGGAGCUUGGCUGAUCCCGAGCUGCUGCUGAGCUGUGGGAAGGACAGCAGGAUCCUGUGCUGGAAUCCAAACACAGCGGAGGUGUUGUACGAGUUGCCCACCAGCAGCCAGUGGUGCUUUGACAUCCAGUGGUGCCCCAGGAACCCCGUGGUGCUGUCGGCGGCGGGCUUCGACGGACACAUCGACAUCUACUCCAUCAUGGGAGGCAGCAGCCAGGCGCAGAGCCAGAGACACGCCGACCAGAUUAGCACCUCCUUCGGGAACAUGGAUCCUUUUGGGACGGGACAAGCGUUGCCCCCGCUGCAGCUGCCCCAGACUACAGCCCCUCCAGCCACGAUAAACCCCCUGAAGAAGCCACCCAAGUGGAUCCGCAGACCCGUGGGAGCCUCGUUUGCCUUCGGUGGGAAGCUGGUGUCUCUGGAGAACGAGAAGCCGAACCCUCAGCAGCCCCAGCAGCCCGCCUCGCACGUCGUACACAUCAGUCAGGUUGUCACAGAAACGGCCUUCUUGAAGCGCUCCGAUCAGCUGCAGGCCACCCUGAGCGCCGGCAGCUUCGUGGAUUUCUGCCAGGAAAAGAUCGACGCAGCUGAGAACGAGUUUGAGAAGACAGUUUGGUCUUUCCUCAAGGCUAAUUUUGAAAGCGACAUCCGCAGCAAGUACCUGGAGCUUCUGGGGUACAACAAAGAGGAGUUAGCCUUAAAGAUUUCAGCAGCACUAGAGGAAAAACCUGCCGAGCCUCCGAAGGUGGAGGCGCCCGCUCCAGCCACCCUGCAGCCGCUACCAGACCUCAGCCUCGUGCCGCCUGCUGACACUCCAGAGGCAGCGUUCGACAUGAUCGCUGCAGCAAACCUCCAGCCGGCUGCCACGCUCGAACUUCACUCCGCUCCUGAACCGGAGACUGAAACUCCGGCGGCAGCAGCAGAUCCAGAGGACGAUCUUCUCACCAGUGAACCAGAGGAAAAUGUGGAGCAGGGUGUCCCAGAGGGGGAGGCCGAGGAGGAGGAGGAGGAGGAGGACAAGGGGGAAGAGAAGGAGGAAGAAGAAGAGAAGGAGGAGGAGGAGGAGGAAAUCCCCUUAGAGGAGCCCAGUCUAGCUGAGCCCUUAGCUCCAGUUCAGGAGCCCACUCAGGUGCCAGCUCCAGCCCCCGCAGAAGGAGUCAGUCUCCGCAUCAGUCAAGAUGUGGACGGGCUGAUCACACAGGCUCUGCUGACGGGAGACUUCGAGGGAGCCGUGGAGCUCUGUCUCCAUGACAACCGGAUGGCGGACAGCAUCAUCCUGGCCAUCGCCGGAGGGGCCGACCUCUUAGAGAAAACCCAGAGGAAGUAUUUUACAAAAACACACAGCAAGAUAACCAAGCUGAUCAGCGCUGUGGUGAUGAAAGACUGGCACGACAUCCUGAAGACGUGCGACCUGCAGAACUGGAAGGAGGCUCUGGCCGCCGUCAUGACCUACGCUCAGCCCGAGGAGUUCUCUUCUCUCUGCGACCUUCUCGGGAACAGACUGGAAGCAGCUGAGGUCGCUCAACUGCGAGCUCAGGCCUGCCUCUGUUACAUCUGUGCUGGCAACGUGGAGAAACUCGUGUCUUGUUGGACCAAAGCGCAGGACGGACACUGUCCUCUCUCUCUGCAGGACCUGGUGGAGAAGGUGGUGGUGCUGCGGCGUGCAGUCGAGCAGACCCAGCGCUCCGGUCCCGCUGCUAUCGGCAUCCUACUGGCCGAGAAGAUGAGCCAGUACGCCAACCUGCUGGCCUCGCAGGGCAGUCUGUCCACCGCCAUCACCUACCUGCCUGACAACACCAACCAGGUUGCCGUACAGCAGCUCCGUGACCGUCUCGGUCGGGCUCUUGGGCAGCAGCCGGCGGCUCCCGCAGCUCCGGUGCAACCCCAGAGAGCUCGGACUCAGCUGCCUGCCGCUCGGGCUCAGCACGGCUCCGCCCUGCCCCGGCAUCCCUUCACCCCGGUCCAGCCCGCCAUGGUGCCUCAGCCCACUCCAGCAGCUCCUGUACCCAUGCUUACACCUGCCUCUGCCCCCACCCCUGCACAGCAGCAGUAUUACCAGCCAGUGAGGGCUGCCUCCACUGUCACCUCCUGGAGUAACCAAACUCCCACAGCCCUCCCCAAUGUCCCACCUCCUCUUCAAGUAGGCAGCGCCUCAGACCAGCAGGUGGAGGCUUCAAACUCCAUGUACGGGAUGCCGGCCUCCGGCACAGCCGCCCCACCUCCAGCCUCCUCCACUCCCGCGUACAUGUACUCCCAUCAGUACCAGCCUUACCCCCAGGUCAACCAGUACCCACCUGGAGCUGGGGGGGUGCCUCUCUAUCAGCCUCUUCAGUACUCCUCCUCUGCUGCUGCUCCUCCUCCUCCUGCAGAGCCCUUCUCCCUUCCUCACCCCCCCGGCUUUCUCUCGCAGUACACCCAGCCCAUCCCCUCUCAGCCAGCACCCCCGGUCUAUCCCGGACAACCUCCCAUCAGCCACUGCCUGUCCUCCUCUCCCCCCUCUCAUCCUCCUUUCUAUCCCACUCCUGCCGCCGCCUCCUCCUCCUCCUCCUCCUCCUCCUUUUCCGCUCCUCUGUCCUCCGGAGCGUCUUUCCAGCAUGGCGGUCCAGGAUCUCCUGUGUCGUACAUGCCCCUUCCUCCACCGAGCGGAUUCUCAGGUACACAGCUUGGCGCUGACCCAGAGCUGAUCCCCGCCUCUCAGAGAACAGGGCCUCAGAAUGGCUGGAACGACCCCCCAGCUCUGAGCAGAGCACCAAAGAAGAAGCAGAUCCCACAGAACUACACUCCUCCUGCCCCCAUCACGGCUCCCAUCAUGGCUCCGCUGGGCGCCGACCCUCAGGCCCAGCCGGCGUCCUCUGGGGCCCCUCAGGCCAUGAUCCAGGGCCCGCACGAUGCCCAGGUCCCCUACUCAGGCAUGCAGCAGCAGCAGCAGCAGCAGCAGCAGCAGCAGCAGCAGCUCCAGCAGCUCUCCCCUCCACCCAUGAACCCUGCAAUGCCCAGGACCAGUGUGGAGGGUGCACCUGGAGCACCCACUGGAGAGCUCAUACAGCCUCUUCAGUCCAUCCCUGCUGAGAAGGUCAUGAAGAAGCCGAUCCCCGAGGAGCACAUGGUCCUGAAGACCACGUUCGAGGGCCUGAUCCAGAAGUGCUUGGCUGUAGCGACCGACCCCCAAACGAAGAGGAAGCUCGACGACGCCAACAAACGGUUGGAAGCACUUUAUGACAAACUCAGAGAGCAGGCGCUCUCUCCCGCCAUCGUGGGAGGACUACACAACAUCGCCAGGACCAUAGAGUCCCGAUCGUACAUGGAGGGCCUCAACAUCCACACCCACAUAGUCAGCAGCAGCAACUUCAGCGAGACGUCUGCGUUUAUGCCCGUGCUCAAGGUGGUGCUGACGCAGGCCAACAAACUCGGGGUCUGAUCAGGCACACAAAAAAAAAACAACUCCAAAACUCCUCCGUGUCUUCGACCGGUGGACAGCGGAGAGAGAGAGAGAGAGAGAGAGAGAGAGAGAGGUCGGGGGUCGAGCAGAGUAUCAGCGUUUAGAUUUUGUUGGUCGCUUGUUUUACAGGGAGCUCCAUUUGACUCGCAGUGCAAACGAUGAAGAAUCCUGAGAUGUAUGAAAAUACUGUUAAGUUCUUCUUUUUGUGCCAUUUUUGCAUUUUCUGACACAGCAACACAAACACAAGCCAUGAUAUCAGUCGCACUCAGUGGUGAAAGUAAAUUCUGAGCCCCGUGCAAACACGACAGUUAAAGGGCUAGAGACGUCAACAAGAGUCACACUAAACGUUUGUCUUUAAUUCAGAAUAUUAAUGUAUAAUCUUUAAAUAAAUAUGCAACAACCUCCUAUAUGACAAACAAAAGCUUUCAGCAUUUUGGAUUUGGAAAUAAAUAUAAAUAAAUAUGAAAAAAAACAAGAUGCAAAGGAAUGAAAAUAAAGAUAAGAAAAGUUAAAGGAUAUUCAGGAAUUUUAAGGGCAUUUCUAUCAACUCGUCUUGAAAUCAUCAAAAUAAAUGUAGUCAUUAAAGAAAAUUAAUUAUUAGUAAUUAUUAUAAUGACUUUGGUAUUAAUAGCAGAUUGCUGUUGUUGCAAUGCAGCGUGCUUUUGACUCACAACCGCUCAAUCACGUAAACAACAAUCAUGUAGGAAACAUUAGCUAGUUUCAUCUUUAUAGUCUUUAAAUGUUUGUGCACUACAACAACGCUCAGAUACAAUAUAAUACCCGGACAUGUAGAGUUUUCUCUUAAAAGUACAAAAUCAUGCUUCAUAUUAUAACAUAUUAUUGCAUCAUCGCCUGCAUGCAUUCUGCAGUAGAGGCUACAGAUAGAAAAGACACGUGCAAAAGACAGAAUAUGGAUUAAUUUAAAAACCAGGGCGUCAUAUUGGCUGUUAUACUUCAAACUAAUCGUCCCUCCCACAAGCUUUUAAAGCAAAGUAAUGCUUGGAGUGCUAGUUUUUUUUUUUUUCUUUUUUAAUGUACCUAAUAUGACAUUUGCUGCUUUUACUGACUUACUUUCACCACUGGUGUCACUACAUACAACACAUUGGACCAAGAUGUUGUCAGUGUGUGGGAUAUGUCAAUGCAAAGCAAUGCAAUCCCAUUUGUUGAGGACGUUUUAAUGAUGUUUUUAAUUUUUGUUUGUAAUUCUUUUCUUUUCUUUUUCUCUGUGUAAUCACAAAGCUCAGCAGAGUGCAAUGGACUUUUUAAAGAAAAAAAACGAGACUUGUGCUUUUAUGGAAUUUUAAAGUUUGCAUGCUUAAACACAAACGGGCGGUCGUCUUAAAUGGCAUUGGAGGUAAUUAUCUGCUAAUUAAUCGGACCUCAGAAGGAGACUGGAAACAUGAUACUUGAUUUUCAUUCCAGCUAUGAUGAGGGCGGCAGUCUGAGUGGUCAACCUCAAGUUUAUGUUGUUAAUAAAAGAAAACAAGUCUUUGUUUUAGAUUGACUACAUGCAAUAUUUUCAAUAAAUAGUAUUUAUUUACAA